GAGCUGUACAAGGAAGAUGAAGACUUCAAGGACACUUAUUCUAAGUGCCUCAUUCGGCCCUAUGGAGAUUUUCUUGUCAAAGACGGUUAUCUCUUCCGUGGUAACCAAUUGUGCGUCCCGAAAUGCACCUUGAAAGCCCAAGUAGAGUACUUGGCUAAAGAGGUAGCCAAACUUACAAAGAUGAAACUCAACGAGCUACAAGGAAGUGACCGUGAAGAAGACGUUAGCUCUAGUGGAACCAUGAAGCCUAAAGCCAAUGAAGGUUCUGACUUCAAAGUUGACAUUCCAACUUUUGAAGGGAAGAACGACCCGGACGAGUUCCUCGAGUGGUUAGAAACGGUGGAACGCGUCUUUGACUUCAAAGAUGUUUCCGGCGAAAAGAAGGUCAAGAUAGUGGCCUUAAAGUUCCGGAA